AUGGUGGAUUCCUGCCUAAUGUUCACAGACCGUGUGGUCAUUCCUCCCUCACUUUUACCUGUUGUGCUACGCCAGUUUGAUGUUGCUCGCCCUGUUACCAGUCGAAUAAAGUCCAUUGCCCGCAGUUUUGCCUACUGGCCGGGUAUUGACAGCAACAUCGACGAUCUCGUGCGGCGCUGUUUCCGUUGUCAACAAGCUGCCAAAAUGCCCGCUCGUCAACCGCCAGUACCA